AUGUUCUCGUCAGUGAAGGCCUUCGAGGGGCAGCAAUACUCCACCCUGAAGAGGCAAUGCCUUGCCAGUGGCCUUCUGUUUGAAGACCCACACUUCCCCGCCUUGGACGACACCCUCUUCUACCAGGGCAACAGGAUUGGACACGUACACUGGAAGAGACCCCAGGAGCUCUCUGAGGACCCUCACCUGUUUGUGGAUGGGAUCAGUGCGCACGACCUGCACCAGGGCCAGCUGGGAAACUGCUGGUUUGUGGCAGCGUGCUCCAGCCUGGCCUCCAGAGAGUCCCUGUGGUCUAAAGUCAUCCCAGACUGGAAAGAGCAGGAGUGGGACACGGAGACACCCGAGUCAUACGCCGGGAUCUUCCACUUCCGCUUCUGGCGCUUCGGAGAGUGGGUGGAUGUGGUGAUCGACGACCGACUGCCCACGGUGGACAACCAGCUGGUCUACUGCCACUCGGAUGACAGCAACGAGUUCUGGAGCGCACUGGUGGAGAAGGCUUAUGCCAAAGUGUACGGCUGCUACGAGGCCCUGGACGGCGGGAACACGGCGGAUGCCCUGGUGGACUUCACAGGGGGCGUGUCGGAGCCCAUGGACCUGCUGGAGGGCCAGAUGGCCACUGACGAGGUGGCCCGUAACCAGCUGUUUGAGAGGGUGCUGAAGGUCCACAACCGGGACGGCCUCAUCAGCUGCUCCAUCCGGGCGACCACAGUGGAGGACAUGGAGGCACGGCUAGACUGUGGCCUGGUCAAGGGUCACGCAUACGCAGUGACGGACGUGAAGAAGGUGCGUCUGGGCCAGGGCCUGCUGGCAUUCUUCAAAUCAGAGAAGCUCAAUAUGAUCCGCAUGAGGAACCCCUGGGGAGAGAAGGAGUGGAGCGGGCCCUGGAGCGACAGCUCAGAGGAGUGGAAGAAGGUGAGCAAGAGUGAGAGAGAGAAGCUGGGCGUCACCGUGCAGGAUGACGGAGAAUUCUGGAUGACGUUUGAUGACUUCUGCCAGUACUUCACGGACCUGAUCCUGUGCCGCCUCAUCAACACCUCUUAUCUGAGCAUCCACAAAACAUGGGAGGAGGAAGUGAUGAGGGGCUCCUGGGUCCCCCGCCAAGACCCUCUGAGGAACCGCUCUGGGGGAUGCAUCAACUACAAGGCCACCUUCCUCCAGAACCCACAGUAUGUGUUUGAUGUGAAUAAGGUAGAGGAUGAGGUGUUGAUCGCCCUGCAGCAGAAGGAGAGGAGAGCCACCACCAAAGAGGGCAAAGGAGAUAACCUGGCCAUAGGCUUCGACAUUCACCGGGUGGAGCUGAACAGAAAAUACCGCAUGCACACGGCCCAGCAGAAGGUGGCGGGCUCCAUCUACAUCAACUCGCGCUGCGUCUUCCUCAGGAAGGAGCUCAAGGAGGGUCGCUACGUCAUCAUCCCCACGACUUUUGACCCCGGGCAGCAGGGCGACUUCCUGUUGCGGGUUUUCACCGACGUGCCUUCAGACUGCAAAGAGUUGAACCUGGAUGAGCCCCCACAGACAUGUUGGACGGGCAUGUGUGGUUACCCCCAGCUGGUCACCCAGGUCCACGUUCUGAGUGCUGAGGGACUCCAGGGCCAGGACUCUAAUGGAGCCUCGGACCCGUACGUCAUCAUCACCUGUGAGGGAGAGAGGGUGCGCUCGCCGGUGCACAAGGACACGCGGAGCCCUAACUUCGAUGUCAAAGGCCUGUUCUACCGCAAGAAGCCCAAGGAAGGCAUCCACAUUGAGAUCUACAAUAAGAACGUAAUUGUGGAUACCUUCCUGGGUCAGGUGACCCUGUCCAGUGACCCAAACGACCGGCAGGAGCAGCACACGCUCCACCUGCGCGACAAGGGCAAUCGCCAAGACAACGACCUCCCGGGCACGGUCACCGUGCGCCUCAUCACCUGCAUCACACUCAUCAACAUAUGA